AUGGGACCUUCACGGGCCUUCACUCUGCGUUCUCACCACUGCCUUCUCGUCGUCUUCCUGCUGUUCGACUUCUUCUUUCACAGUGGGUCUCAGGCGCAGAGCGGGCUGGGGCUGAAGGUGUCCCAGAAGGAGGUCCGCACGAUCCUGGGCGAGGCGGCAAUCCUUCCCGCGUCCUACAACACCCGCUACAACAUCCUCAGCCUCACCUGGUCCAAGGUCACGGACAAGAACACGCGGACAGUCGUCUUCUUCUACAGCUCCUCCGUCCGAAAGGCUUACGAGUCGUACGAGGGCCGGGCGGACCUGUCCGGACACGCGUCCCUCAGGAUUAACCCCACACGACCCGGGGACGGAGGGACGUACGUGCUCAGCGUCAUGUCGGAGGAGCUCGGCAGCCAGGAGGAUUCUGUGCAGCUCACGCUCAUGGUUCCACCAGUAGUAGAGGUUGGUCCGGCUAACCCUUAUGCGGUGGAGUGGGGGAAGUCGGUGACGCUGACUUGCACGGUCCGGAACGCCAAGCCGAACAUCACAUCCUUAGCGUGGUUUAAGGACGGGAUUCCCAUAGAGCGGACGAGCGGGAUGGACAUGAAGUACCACACGGGCUCCGCCAGCGCUCCGUUCCUCACUAUCAACAAAGUGACGCGCGCAGACGCGGGGACGUACAGGUGUGCCGUGGAACACGUCGUGCAGAGGACGGGCGCAGAGCUCAGGCUGGACGUACUGUACCGAGCUUCUAUUAUCAGCAUAUCCAAAAGCCAGACGGCCUGGGUGUCAGACGACGUGACACUACAGUGUGUUGCUGACGGGAACCCGCCUCCCAACAUCACGUGGACGCGUGGCGGGCUGGUCCUGCCGUCCAAGAUCCACCGGCUGUCUAACGACGUGCGCGCCUGCUCCGUCACUGUGCGCAACAUCCAGACGAACGACACCGGCACGUACCUCUGCACCGCCGACAACGGCGUCAAGGAGAGCGACAUCAAGUCCGUCGAUCUGUCAGUUAAGGCUCGUCGGAGAGGCACCCCGUCGUCGACGCUGGCAAUUAUCGUGGGCGCUACCGCGGGAGCCCUUUGGCUCAUUAUCUGUGUCGGUCUGUGCGUCUACAUCCUGCUGAGGCGCCGGAAAGAGAAGGAGAAGAAGAAGUUCGCGUUUUACUACAACAUGGGACGCCGUGAUCCGCCCGCGGGAAGUAGUCCCAAGCGGGACGAAGACGGUGAACCGCCCCCUUACGCCGCACUACCAGGCAGCAAAAAAGCCAUACGUCAAUGUCAGGCCGAGUUUCUGACCCUUUCUCUCACCCCCAGCCAAGCCGGUCGGAUCUAA